AGUGCGCGAGUCCAGCACGCAUGCGUGAGCCGGACCACGGCCAGAUCCUUCUGGUGGGUGAGACGGGUGCUACUCAUUUAAUCGUGUUGUCUGUGAAUGAAGAGGGUCUAGGUGGGAAUGGCAGCUGCUGAAGCCCAUCGAGUCAUCGUCUACGGAGGAAGAGGGGCUCUGGGCUCUGCGUGCGUGCAGUAUUUUAAAUCUAAAAGCUGGUGGGUAGCCUGCGUGGAUGUGGCCGCUAACGAAGAGGCAAACGCCAACGUGCUUGUCAAGCUGACGGACUCUUUCCCUGAGCAAGCUGAGCAGGUAACAGCUGAUGUGUCUCAGUUGCUGGGAGGGAAUAAGGUGGACGCCAUUCUCUGCGUGGCAGGAGGGUGGGCAGGAGGGAGCGCUAAGGCCAAAGCGCUGUACAAAAACAGCGACCUGAUGUGGAAGCAGAGUGUCUGGACAUCAACCAUCUCCAGUCAUCUGGCCACCAAACACCUGAAGGAAGGCGGCCUUUUAACCUUGUCAGGCGCUAAGGCCUGUCUCGAGGGAACUCCCGGCAUGGUUGGCUAUGGCAUGGCCAAAGCCGCAGUUCACCAGCUCUGCCUCAGUCUGGCUGGGGAAAGCAGCGGACUGCCCUCCGGUUCUGCGGCGGUGGCCAUCCUGCCCGUUACCUUGGAUACGCCGAUGAACAGAAAAUCGAUGCCCGAUGCAGAUUUCAGCUCAUGGACGCCGCUGGACUUUGUGGCUGAAAUGUUCUUCGACUGGACCGUGGGGGUGGACCGUCCUGGCUCCGGGAGCCUGGUGCAGCUGGCGACAACCGGCGGGAAGACCGAGGCCACCCUGGUGCAGAAGUGAAGAAGGGAGGGAGUCACAGAGCGGAGGGGAGCACCGCGCGUGUGCAGCUUGUUUACUUUGUCCUCCUUUCUUGAUGUCGCACAAAAACACAGAAAAAAUAAUCCUGUCCAGUGUUACAGUGGAUACUUUCUUACGGAGUGGCCUUAACACCUCUGAACCUGGUUUGUGGUUCAUGUCUGUUGUACGUUCUUCUGUAGGUGUCAGCUAUCAUGUGUCGUUAGAAGAUCGUGUUGUUUUUAAAGUCCGGGUGCCCCUUAUUCUCUCCGGGGAAGCGUCUUUGUCUCCAUUACGCUUCACGCCGAACGUUCUACAACUUUGCCAAUAAAAAGAAAAGCAAAGAAA